UCAAAAAACCAAUUCUGUUUGGUUAUAGGAUUAACUCCAUACUGACACAGGAUAAAUACCUGAACGGACAAUCUCUCAAAAACCCUAUCCCCUUUCUCAAAUCAAACCCAAAAUAACUGAAGCAUACCUAUCAUGGAAGAUAGUUUCAGAGUCCGAGUCGAUAAAGCAUUUGGUUCUCUAGCUGCCUCCACCGCCGCAACGACGGCGCCGGCAUCAUCCAACUUAAGCUCUCUAUGGUGUCUCACAGACGAAGAAAUCGAGCGAACCGAAUGGAACAGAGACAAGGACAACUCCGAACCCGAAACAUUAACGGAUUCAUCUCCGUUCAAUAAAGAGUUCUUCCUCGGAAAUCGGGAGAAGUCCGAUUUGGAUUUUAGGUUGGAGCUGGAGAAGGACUUGGAUGACCUUGAUGACGACUUAGACGAUGAGGAGUCACGUGGCUCUUCGAGCCAAUCGGCGAGGCGGAAACCUGAUGAUUAUAACGAUGAGGAGUGGGAGAUUAAGAAUUCCAUUGGCUUGGACUGUACUCUUGAUUACGAGGAAGAGGAAGAUCAAUAUGACAAAGUUGCUGUUGGCAGGGAGAAGGCCGGUGACCGCUUGUAUAUGAAAGAUAUAACCGAUUACGGGAUAGAGAUAGAUUCUAACAAUGAGCUUCCUGAUUCGUUAAGGGACGCCCCUAGGGAUCCACGAGCAAAUCACAUUGCUGCCAAAAUUAGGCUCAAAGAAGAUGCAGAAGCAGCUAUUAAGAUGGAUUCUUUGCGGGUUUCUGAGCGAGAUUCACCAGAUCUGGCUGAUAAUCAAGUUAAAGUGUUGGAGGAUUGUAACCCAAAAUCCAUUUUAAAGAGAAGGGAUGAUGAUUCUGAUUCUAAAUCAAAAAAUAAUCAGCCAGAUUCAAAGUCACAAAAGCGUGUUCGGUUUGACCCAGAAUGUAAAGAUGAUUGUGAUAAAGAGUCUGAUGGAAUCAGAGGCACACACAUGGAAACUGAUUCAGUAGAUGAGUCUUUGGUAUAUCCAUUGCCUCCUGAUUAUCCUUCUGGGAUUCCAGAUUAUAUGCGAAAUCCUUCAAAAUACACACGCUACACUUUUGAUUCAUCGAGUGAUGUCGAUGAACAAUCUAACCGGCAAGCCUUUUCAGACUUUCUUAGGAUGCUGAAGAAGUCAAAAACAACAGAAUCACAGCUAGACGGUGCUCCCUUUGAUCUUCCAAAAUCAGUAACCUUCAUGCCAAAGAGAAAAAGCAAUGAUGGUGAAAUGAUCAGCAGUCGCUCUGAGUCAAAGCAAAAUCAGGACAAUUCCGGCAUGGAGUCUAUACUUAGGAGGGGAUUAGCCAUGGGCAUUGCAGCUAGAGACACAGAAGAUGGCGAAACUUGUGCCAUGGAGGAAGAUGAACCAGAAACAGCAACUGAUAGGAGAAACAGUUUACAGAAAUCAGGCAGAAAGUAUCGGGCAAAGGCCAGCUUGGAAAUGGAGGAGACCAUUUGAUAGUUUGUAUCAUCUUCAUUGGGAAACUAUGCUGACUUCUAUCUUUUUAAGACCCUGACUGUAUGAUUAUUCCUUCUUGUAUUUCUAACUGUUGUACUUUAGCAAUUAGCAUACGGUAAUUCUCAUUUAUCUCUAGCCAUAAUGAUUUUUUGGGGUUCAA